UCACGUACAUUUCUCUCUUUAUUUUCAUUCCAAUUCUGUUUUUCAAAUCAAAACAACAAUGGCACUAGCUAUAUCAUUGUUAACCCUUCUUUUUCUUUUUUUCACUUUAUCAUCUGCCCUAGACAUGUCAAUUAUCAGCUAUGAUGAUCAUCAUAAUCAUCAAUCAGGCUGGAGAAGCGAUGAUGAGGUGAUGGACAUGUACAACUGGUGGCUUGCGAAGCACCAGAAAGCUUACAACAAGCUAGGGGAGAGAGAGAGGAGGUUUGAAAUAUUUAAGAAUAAUUUGAGAUUUAUUGAUGAACAUAACUCUGAAAACCACUCCUACAAGCUUGGAUUGACUAAGUUUGCUGAUCUUACCAAUGAGGAGUACCGUGCAAUGUUCUUGGGCACUAGAGUUGACGUUAAACGUAGACUAAUGACCAAAAAACCUAGCCGGAGAUACGCUUUCAAGGUCGGUGAUGAGCUUCCGGAAUCUGUUGAUUGGAGAGAGGAAGGAGCUGUUAAUCCGAUCAAAGAUCAAGGAAAUUGUGGCAGCUGCUGGGCAUUUUCAACAAUAGCAGCAAUAGAAGGAAUAAACAAGAUUGUAACGGGGGAACUACUAUCUCUAUCAGUACAAGAACUUGUAGACUGUGACAGGACAUAUGAUGCAGGUUGCAAUGGAGGCCUCAUGGAAAACGCCUUUCAGUUUAUCAUACAAAAUGGUGGCAUUGACACUGAACAAGACUAUCCUUAUCUAGCCGUUGAUGGCACAUGCGACAAAACCAAGAUGAAUAAAAAGGUGGUUAAAAUUGAUGGGUUUGAGAACGUUACCCCUUUUGACGAGAAAUCGUUGCAGAAAGCUGUAGCAAAUCAACCUGUCAGUGUUGCCAUUGAAGCCAGUGGCAUGGCUUUACAGUUCUAUCAAUCUGGUGUGUUUACUGGCGAAUGUGGUUCGGCAUUAGAUCAUGGAGUAGUAAUAGUUGGAUAUGGAACUGAAAAUGGAACUGAUUAUUGGAUUGUUAGAAAUUCAUGGGGUCCCGGAUGGGGUGAAAAUGGAUAUAUAAGGAUGGAACGUAAUGUAGUUAAUACAUAUAGAGGCAAAUGUGGAAUUGCAAUGCAAUCUUCUUAUCCAAUCAAGAAUGCUGCUUCUUCCGCUGCUGACAAAAUUAUCAAUGCUUGAAGAAUAUAUAUAUAUAUAUAUAUAUAUUGA